AUGGAAUACCUGGGUCCUCCUGGACCAGCUGGUGGAGAAAAAGUCGGAGCCAAAGGUGAACAAGGAUUUCCUGAAUUAAUGGUAGAGAAAGGCACGACGUGGACACGUGGAGAAAGUGGAGUACAAGGACCUCUGGAUUUUCUGGAACACCUGGAGAACAAGGAGAAAAAAGGACUACCAGGAAAUCCUGGACCACCUGGACAACGAGGAGAAAGAGGAUUACCAGGAGUUCCUGGUAGAAAUGGCAAUUAGGGAAUACCUGGCUCUCCUGGAGAACAAGGAGAAAAAGGACUACCAGGAAAUCCUGGACCACCUGGACAACGAGGAGAAAGAGGACUACCAGGAAAUCCCGGAUCACCUGGAUUACCAGGAAAACGUGGAAAAACUGGAUAUGGAGUCCCUGGACUCCCAGGAGAACCUGGGACUCAAUGGAAACACGGACAACGAGGAGAAAGAGGAUUACCAGGAUAUCCUGGCAAUGAUGGAAUACCUGGACAACCCGGAGUAAAAGGAUCUCAAGGAGCACCUGGACCACAAGGAUCACAUGGCCCUCAAGGAGCACCUGGACCACAAGGAUCACAUGGCCCUCAGGGAUCAAAAGGGGCAACAGGAAACCCUGGUAAUACAGGUCUUCAAGGACCAUCAGGGCUACCUGGAACACCUGGACCUCCUGGAAAAGAUGGUAUUCCUGGCCACAGGAGAUGUUGGAAUGCACGGACAACCUGGAGUAAAGGAUCUCAAGGAGCACCUGGACCAACAGGACUACCUGGAACAGUUGGAUCUCCUGGUAGAAAUGGUAUUCCUGGCCCUGAAGGACACAAAGGGCCUCCUGGCCCACAAGGACCAAGAGGAUAUGCUGGAAUGCCCGGAUACCCUGGAGUAAAAGGGUCUCAAGGAGCACCUGGACCACCAGGAUUACAUGGUCCUCAGGGAUCAAGAGGGAAAAUAGGAAAACCAGGAAUUCCAGGUACUCCAGGACAAAAAAUGGGUGUGUUGUCUAUACCAGGUGGGGAAGAAUAUCCUGUCCUAAAACUACAGGAACACAAAAAACUUUAUACUGGAAAGUUGCUGGAAAUCAUUAUAGCCAUACUGGAGGUGGAGCUAACUACAUAUGUCUACCUGAUCAACCUGAACGUGAUGGACGUGAUGGAAUACCUGGUCCUCCUGGACCAGCUGGUGGAGAAAAAAGGAGCCAAAGGUGAACAAGGAUUUCCUGGAAUUAAUGGUAGAGAAGGCAGACGUGGACAACGUGGAGAAAGUGGAGUACAAGGACAACCUGGAGAAAGUGAUGGAAUACCUGGUCCUCCUGGACCAGCUGGUGGAGAAAAAGGAGCCAAAGGUGAACAGGGACCUCCUGGAAUAAAAGGGCCUCAUGGAAGUGUUGGUGAUCCUGGACCUCCUGGAAAUGAUGGUGGAGAUGGCAAUCCUGGAGUACCUGGACCACCAGGAGAUCUUGGAACACCUGGACAACGAGGCCACAAGUGACGACCAGGAACACAUGGACAACAUGGACCACCAGGAGAUCUUGGAGCACCUGGACCACCAGAAAUCCUGGAGCACCCUGGACCCACUGGAACAGUUGGACCACCAGGAGAUCUUGGAGCACCUGGACCACCAGGAGAUCCUGGACCACCUGGAUAUAAUGGUAGAGAUGGCAAUAAUGGAGUACCUGGUCUUGGAGAACAAGGAGUACCUGGACCUCCUGGAAAGGAUGGGAAAAAUGGAAAUCCUGGGCCACCUGGACAACAAGGAGUAUCUGGACCUCCUGGAAAGGAUGGCAAAGAUGGAAAUCCUGGGCCACCUGGAGCACCCUGGACAACCAGGCCAUCUGGACUACCUGGACCCACUGGACGACCAGGGCCACCUGGACCACAACCAGGAGGCCACCUGGACAAACAAGGAGUACCUGGACCUCCUGGAAAGGAUGGCGAAGAUGGAAAUCCUGGGCCACCUGGACAACCAGGGCAUCUGGACUACCUGGGACCACAUGGACGACUAGGGCUACCUGGACAACAAGGAGUACCUGGACCUGCUGGUUUUCCAGGACCAAAAAAUGGGGUGUGGUCUAUACCAGAUGGGGACGAAUAUUCUGUCCUAAAACUACAGGAACACAAAAACUUUAUACCUGGGAAAGUUACGGGAAUCAUUAUAGUCACACUGGAGGUGGAGCUAACUACAUCUGUCUACCUGAUCAGCCUGAUACAAGGACGUGAUGGGCGUGAUGGAAUGCCUGGUCUCCUCCUGGACCAGCUGUCCACCUGGAAAGAUGGUAUCAAUGCAGGUCCACCUGGGAAAGAUGGUAUCAAUGGUAAAGAUGGAGUGAAAGGAGACAAAGGAGAACAAGGACUACAAGGACCUCCUGGACCAAGAAAUGGGGGUGUGGUCUUUACAAGAUGGGGAAGAUUUGCUUGUCCAAAUACAACAGAACACAACUGCUCUAUACGGGGAAAGCUGCUGGUGACCACUAGUCGAUAUAAGAGAUGUCGUUCUUCUACAGAUACCACUACAAACACACCUUACAUUCAAAUAGUACAAGGAUGUGAUGGAAUGCCUGGGCUUCCUGGAAUAGCAGGUCCACCUGGGAAAGAUGGUAUCAAUGGCAAAGAUGGAGUGAAAGGAGACAAAGGAGAACAAGGACCAAAGGGACCUCCUGGACCAAGAAAUGGGGGUGUUGGUCUUUAUAAGAUGGGGGAAGAUUUUGCUUGUCCAAAUACAACAGGAACACAAAUCCUCUAUAAGGGGAAACCUGCUGGGAGUCAUUGGACUCACACUGGAGGUGGAGCUAAUUACAUUUGUUUACCAGAUGAACCUGAGUUUCUUUCUUACGUCAGUGGUGACACUAGUCGAGAUAAGAGAUGUAUCUCUACUACAAAUGUCACUACAAACACACCUUAUAUUCAAAUAUUACAAGGACGUGAUGGACGUGAUGGAAUGCCUGGUCCUCCUGGACCAGCUGGUCCACAUGGGAAAGAUGGCACCAACGGUAGAGAUGGAGUGAAAGGAGACAAAGGAGAACAAGGACCUCCUGGACCAAGAAAUGGGGGUGUGGUCUUUACAAGAUGGGAAGAUUUGCUUGUCCAAAUACAACAGGAACACAAAUGCUCUAUAAGGGAAAGCUGCUGGAGUCACUGGAGUCACACUGGAGGUGGAGCUAAUUACAUUUGUUUACCAGAUGAACCUGAGUUUCUUCUAUAUGUCAGUGGUGCAUCUGAUCACCAGUCAUUUAUCUAUGGAGCAGAAUAUCAAAUUCAUUCAAGUCCUUCUAACCAUCUACAAGAUCAUAAUGUUCCUUGUGUUGUCUAUAUUACUAAAACACACUCAUAUUCAAAUAGUACAGGAUGUGAUGGAAUACCUGGUCCUCCUGGACCAGCUGGUUCACAUGGGAAAGAUAGUAUCAAUGGUAAAGAUGGAAUAAAAGGAGACAAAGGAGAACAAGGACUGCAAGGAGAUCCUGGACUAAGAAAUGGGAACAAUACAAAAAAUCAUCUGUCCAACAACAUGGACUACAGGAUACCAAGGCUACCUUAUGACAGAACGAUACACUCACAAACGAAAUUCUCUGUCUAUGAAUGUGUCGAUAAAAAUGCUGUGGGUAUUCCUGGGAGUGAAGCUGACAAUAAUGGAGCUGUGUUCAAUUAUGUACAAGCUAAAUGUAGUAAUGGCCUCUGUCCUCCCUAUGAUAAAUCCAAGGAACUCGCCUGUGUGGUGUGUACCAAGUAA